GUGCCACAAGAUGCUACCAGCACCAACAUUAAAGACAAAAUCAGUGUCAUGGGAGGACUGUAUCUGUGGCUGGCAGUGGAAGGGUGACAGUUGCAGUGAGUGGAGGAUGAUGGAUCCACACUCUGAAGGAUCCCAGGCUGGAAUCCCCCAGGCAAUGGGGGGAGAUAAAACGCUGUGACAGCAGGCAGCUGAACUGAAUCCAACACAACACACCACCACCAACACUGACACAGAUCAGCAGGCACUAGAAGAGCAGGAUGUGGGAUCAUGAUGAUGUCAUCACUCAUUGACACAUUGCACAU